UCAUGUAGGGUUUAAUUCAACACAUUUUUCAUUUAGAUACAGUGACUCAAAAUGUGCUCUACCAAACGGUUGAGCAAGAGUUUCACGAGUUUUUAACUACAACUUCACCUGACACCGUUUCAUGUGUUUGUUGCUGGUGCUUGCUUUAUGUUUUCAUUUCAUUCAUGAAUUUAUCAGUGACAAGUAAGAACAGCCAAUGCCCUGACAUACCGACUUGACCUAGUAAAACAUCUUUGUCAGUGCGUGUAUACACCAGUUUUUACGACAGUCAGUGUCAGACAGCAUGGCUGCCUCCGUAAAGUGCGUUUGUGUAACACAGCAGGAGUUUGGUCAUCUUUAAACGGAUUUUGAUUUUUCACCCUGGAAAGUAAACAACAAAAUUCAUUUGUCUUCAGCAACAGAAAGUGUAUGCAUCCCACAUGUUGAUGAAGAAGCUUCUCCCCCUGCAAAGUUUCCUGCCGCUGGUUCCCAGACGGGCCGGCCACCUUGCCCGACAGCAGUAUGACGUCAUUGUUGUGGGUGGGGGUCACGCAGGGACCGAGGCGGCGGCGGCAGCAGCCAGAGUUGGAGCUGAGACACUUCUGGUCACACAGAAAAUACAAACCAUUGGUGCCCUGUCCUGUAACCCGUCUCUGGGAGGAGUAGGUAAGGGCCAGCUGGUGAAGGAGGUAGAUGCUCUGGAUGGGCUGUGUGGUCGAGCAGGAGACUGGGCUGGGAUCCACUUCUCUAUCCUUAAUCGUAGAAAAGGCCCCGCUGUGUGGGGCCCGAGGGCCCAGCUGGACCGGCAACGUUACAGAGAAUUUAUUCAGUCAGAGCUGCUGUCCACUCCCAAGCUGACCGUGUUUGAGGGCUCAGUGGAGGAUCUGCUGGUAUCAGAGCCGAACCCAGAAGAGCCUGGACACCACAGAGUCACUGGGAUACUUUUGGCAAAUGGAAGCCAUCCAAUCUCAGCCAGCUCUGUGAUUCUUACCACUGGAACUUUCCUGUCCGGCUCCCUCUUCAUGGGCCAAAGCACGUCCCCCGGGGGUCGGAUUGGAGACGCUCCAUCGAGUGGUGGGCUGUCCCAGACACUAAGGGAGAGGCUGGGGCUGAGGACAGGCAGACUGAGGACUGGUACCCCUCCCAGGAUUCUGAAGGAUUCAGUUGACCUCUCCCAGGCUCACCUCCACCCCGCUGACAGUCAUCCAACUCCGUUCAGCUUCCUGAAUACACACACACGCUGCAAGCCAGAAGAGCAGCUGCCUUGCUAUCUGACCUAUACUACUCCUGGUGUAGAGAAAGUGGUGAUGGAGAGUCUUCAUCUCAACUGUCACAUACAGCAAGACACCAAGGGUCCCAGAUACUGCCCAUCCAUUGAGUCGCGGGUGCUUCGCUUCCCAGGCCGACAGCACCAGGUGUGGCUGGAGCCUGAGGGGGUGACCUCUGACCUUCUGUACCCUCAGGGUCUGUCCAUGACCAUGCCCCCUGACAUGCAGCUUCGCCUCAUCAGAGAAAUCCCUGCCAUGCACAGAGCUGAGAUCCACACGCCGGGUUAUGGUGUGCAGUAUGAUUUUGUGUGUCCCACUCAGCUGAGCCCUGCCCUGCAGGUAAAAAGCACCCAGGGGCUUUUUCUGGCCGGUCAGAUUAACGGAACAACGGGGUACGAGGAGGCUGCUGCACAGGGCCUGUGGGCGGGGGUGAAUGCUGCCCGCUGGGCGCUCUCCAUGUCUACAGUGGCAUUGUCUCGGACAGAGAGUUACAUCGGAGUUCUCAUUGAUGAUUUGGUGAGUCGAGGCGUUACAGAGCCAUACCGCAUGUUCACCAGUCGGGCGGAGUUUCGAGCAUCUCUGAGGCCAGACAACGCUGACCUCCGCCUCACUCUGAAAGGAUUUGAGAAGUUUGGAUGUGUGUCCGCUGUGCGCUACCAGAAGGCUGCAAGAGUGAGGGACUGUCUGCAGGAUGCUCUGUCAGCCCUUCAGAAUCUCACUCUGUCCACAAACAUCUGGAGAAAAAAGCUGCCCAAUAUACAUAUGAGUGAAGCAAAGAGCGCCACAAUGACCGGUAUGGAGGUGCUGCAGUACAACGAUGUGUCCUUUGAAAUGUUGGCAUCUGCCUUCCCAGAGAGCCUUUCAGCUCACUUGGAAUUCUCUCAAAGACUCAAGAUAGAGGCUGUGUACCGGCCUCACUGCAACCUACAGAGGAAAGAUAUUGAGAGAAUUCAGAGGGAGGAGAACAUGUUGCUCCCACAGGACAUAGACUAUUUCUCUCUGCCGGUGUCCCUGUCUCAGGAAGUCAGAGAGAUUUUGGACAGAGUUCGACCGAGCACUCUGGGUGCUGCAACACGUUUGCAAGGUAUAACGCCAGCUGCAAUCGUCCAUCUCCUCAACUAUGUUUGCCACACACAUCAAAAGGAGAGAAGAAUACGCAGAAACCAACAGGACCAAAAGGAGGAGAGAGAAGAGCCGCUGUGUACAAGAAAUGCAUCUUUACCUCAGUGAAAUGAUGACUCGUAAAAUGUAUUGUAAAAUUUAUGUAAUCCUAAAAAAUGUACAAAAGUAUAAAUUAAGAUGUUUGAAUG